GAAGAAUGUGUGCUACCUGUAGAGACCAUUGAAACACUUCCUGCAGCUGGAAAACAGCAACCCCCUGUCAGAAGCAUUAUUUUAUCUGGAAUUUCAAGUUUAUAGAGGAUUUGCUUUCCAAAAAUUGGGCAAACCUAUAGAGAUGGGCAGCAGUGAACCCCUUCCCAUUGCAGAAAGUGACAAGAGGAAGAAGAAGAAGCGGAAGGCCCGGGCCACUGACUCCUUGCUGGGAAAGUUUGAAGAUGUGUACAAGCUGACCUCUGAAUUGCUUGGAGAGGGAGCCUAUGCCAAAGUUCAAGGAGCCGUGAGCCUGCAGAAUGGCCAAGAGUAUGCUGUCAAAAUCAUUGAAAAACAAGCAGGGCACAGUCGGAGUAGGGUAUUUCGAGAGGUGGAGACGCUGUAUCAGUGUCAAGGAAACAAGAACAUUUUGGAGCUGAUUGAAUUCUUUGAAGAUGACACAAGGUUUUACUUGGUCUUUGAGAAAUUGCAAGGAGGCUCCAUCCUGGCCCACAUCCAGAAGCGGAAGCACUUCAAUGAGCGAGAGGCCAGCCGCGUGGUACAGGAUGUGGCUGCUGCCCUUGACUUCCUGCACACCAAAGGCAUUGCUCACCGAGAUCUGAAGCCAGAAAAUAUAUUGUGUGAAUCUUCAGAAAAGGUGUCUCCAGUGAAAAUCUGUGACUUUGACUUGGGCAGUGGGGUGAAAUUGAAUAACUCCUGCACCCCCAUAACUACACCAGAGCUGACCACUCCGUGUGGCUCUGCAGAAUACAUGGCCCCGGAGGUGGUGGAGGUCUUCACGGACGAGGCCACGUUUUAUGACAAGCGCUGUGACCUGUGGAGCCUGGGCGUGGUCCUCUACAUCAUGCUGAGUGGCUACCCCCCCUUUGUAGGUCACUGUGGGGCCGACUGUGGCUGGGACCGGGGAGAGGUCUGCAGGGUGUGCCAGAACAAGCUGUUUGAGAGCAUCCAGGAAGGAAAGUAUGAAUUUCCUGACAAGGACUGGGCACACAUCUCCAGUGAGGCCAAAGACCUCAUCUCCAAGCUCCUGGUUCGAGAUGCGAAGCAGAGACUGAGCGCCGCCCAAGUUCUGCAGCACCCAUGGGUGCAGGGGCAAGCUCCAGAAAGGGGACUCCCCACGCCGCAAGUCCUCCAGAGAAAUAGCAGCACAAUGGACUUGACGCUCUUUGCAGCCGAGGCCAUCGCCCUUAACCGCCAGCUGUCUCAGCACGAGGAGAAUGAACUGGCAGAGGAGUCCAAGGCCCUGGCCGAAGGCCUCUGCUCCGUGAGGCUUUCUCCACCCUCCAAGUCACGCCUGGCCCGGCGGAGAGCCCUGACCCAGGCAGGCCGAAGUACGGACGAGGGGCCAUGCCCCACCCCCACAGCUCUCAACUGACUCCAGUCACACCUUCAGACCUUAGGCCUGUCCAGGUGUUGCCUCAUGGAAACCUGUGAGGCCAAAGUCUGCAGAGUCCACUGAGGGACCUGCUGUGGGGCUGGAGCCACUUUCUCAUCCACAGAGGCCCUGAGGUUCCCACCCAACCCCCCAUCUUCCCCAGAGACCUCAAGGAAAAGGCUUUUUCCAAAGGGGUUGUCUUUGAAAAGGAAAGCAAUCACUUGUCACUUUGCAUAAUCGCCUGAGGCAGGAACAUCUCUGCUGGGCUCCAGCCCACCUGCUCACCCGCCUGCAGAUCCUGGAUCAGCCUGCCAGCCGCUCUCCAGAAUGGGCAGCGUGGCGGCUGGGGCUGCAGCCUUCAGGGAGGCAGUCUCAAGAAACAUCAGUUGACAGAGGCCCUUCCCUCCCUGCGCAGUCACCCCCCACUCUGUCUGUCCUUCCACCUUCCUCUGUCCUCCGGAUGUCCUCCCCCUGGGCUGAGCAAAGCCGUCCUCUCAAUUCAGGGAAGGGCAGAGAGGCUCUGCAUCCCGGAGCCAGAUCAGUCUUCCAGUCUGUAGCACAGAGAAGCACAUAAUCUUUCUUUGCCGUGACCGAAAUGUGUCCCUCAUUUAUCAUCCUCUUCCUUGUUUGGGAUUGCUGCUAAAGUCAGUAUUAUUUCAUUUUUAAAAAGUUUUUUUUUUUUUUUAACCUUGUCUUCCAGUAAAGAUGGGAGUUAAAACUCCCACUUGCAAGCCCAUGGACUAACUAGAGUACGCGGGGGCUCUUCUUUUCCUGAAUGCCCAUGCGUGUGAAAGGUUUUAACCAGCUGUUUUCUAUUAUUUUAAUUGGUUUUAAGUGACUUAGAGUCCAAGUCUGCUGCUGCCUCUCAGGCCUGAUGUGGAAGGUAGCACAGGUCUGGGGCCUGAGGCAGCCCAGCUGCCCGGUCUGAGUGAUGUGGUGCUUGCUGCCUGCCAGGGAGUGUGAAGGUGAACCUGGCAUCAGAUGAGCUGAGCUGCUGAGUUAACUAAAGAAAGUUGAUAUGCAUAUCUCAGGCAGACAUUUAUACUACACCAUGAUGCUGUUAUACAUUGUGCUUGUUUGAAUAAAACUUUUAAAUUG